GGAGCACAAGAUGGCGGCGGCUACUGCUGGCGGGCGCUGGCGCCGGGGACGACGGCUGCGCGAGGGGCUGAGCGGCUGAGCGGGAGCGCUCCGCAAGCGGAGGGACAUGGCUCGAGCCGGUCCGGUCAAAAUGCAAAGGCUGAGAAACUCUUUGGAAGAUGAAUUUCUGUAGCAUUUCAUCGACGUUAUAGUAUUGAGAAUGGAUAAGUGUAAACAUGUAGGAAGACUUCGGCUUGCCCAAGACCAUUCCAUUGUAAAUCCUCACAAGUGGCAUUGCAUGGUAUGCAAUACUACAGAAUCUGUAUGGGCCUGCCUCAGCUGCUCACAUGUUGCUUGUGGAAGAUACAUUGAAGAACAUGCACUAAAGCACUUUCAGGAAAGCAGUCAUCCAGUGGCAUUAGAAGUGAAUGAGCUAUAUGUUUUCUGCUACCUUUGUGAUGACUAUGUUCUUAAUGAUAAUGCAACUGGUGAUUUAAAGCUGUUGCGAAGUACAUUAAAUGCAAUCAAGAGUCAAAAUUAUGACUGUACUACUCGCAGUGGCAGGAUUUUGCGAUCGAUGGGCACAAGUGAUUAUCUUUCCCAUAAUAGUGCUCAAGCCUUGCUUCGUAAUCAAGACCGUAUGUUCACAGCUCUAUGGCACAGGAGGCAUGCAUUAAUGGGCAAAGUUUUUAGAUCUUGGUUUGAACUGACACCAAGUGGAAAAAGGGUUUUAGAAGAAGAGAAGCUAAGGGAAGAAGCAGAAGAAAGAAGGAUCAAUGCUAAGAAGAAAAGAGAAGAGAGAAAGCGCCAGUUGAAAGAAGAAAUGGAAAAAAUGCCUCCAAGAAAGAGCUUUCGCUUGCAAAAUCAAAAUAAGGAAUCCUCAAAAAUAUCACUCUAUGCACUAAAAAUGUCACAGAAUUUGGACUCUGCUGUAGAACUGAAAGUAACAGCUACCUCAGAUGAUGUAAAAUUAAAAAAAAUUAAUGACUCUCCAGUUAAACGAAGGCCUACUGUGACUCCCGGUGUAACAGGAUUACGAAACUUGGGGAAUACAUGUUAUAUGAACUCUGUUCUUCAGGUACUGAGUCAUUUGCUCAUAUUUCGGGAAUGUUUUUUAAAACUUGAUUUGAACCAAACUCAAGAGUUGUUAGCAGCUGCAGCCAAUGGCAAAACAAGAUCAUCUUCUAAGAAUUCUCCAUCUGCCGGCUCGAUAUUUCAUGUGAACAAAAGUCAAUUUAAGGACAAGGAGUCUUCUGCAAGGCGAUCUAGUGUUUCAUCAGGCUUAAGUGGUGGAGCAUCAAAUAGUAGAAAUAUGGAACUUAUUCAGCCUAAGGAGCCAAGCUCAAAGUACAUUUCUCUUUGUCAUGAGCUGCAUACAUUGUUUCAAGUCAUGUGGUCUGGCAAGUGGGCACUGGUAUCUCCAUUUGCCAUGCUCCAUUCUGUGUGGAGACUCAUCCCAGCCUUUCGUGGUUAUGCCCAACAAGAUGCUCAGGAAUUUCUCUGUGAACUUUUGGAUAAAGUACAGCAAGAAUUGGAGACAGCUCGUACAAAAUGCCCAGCCCUCAUCCCUACUUCUCAAAGGAAACUCAUUAAACAGGUUUUGAAUGUGGUCAAUACAAUUUUUCAUGGACAGCUUUUAAGCCAGGUAACGUGUCUUGCGUGUGAUAAUAAGUCUAAUACUAUAGAACCCUUCUGGGAUCUGUCACUGGAAUUUCCUGAACGAUACCACUGCAAUGGAAAGGAGACAACCUGUCAGCAUCCAUGCUUGUUGACGGAAAUGUUGGCAAAGUUUACAGAAACUGAAGCAUUGGAAGGAAAGAUAUAUGCCUGUGAUCAGUGCAACACAAAACGAAGGAAGUUUUCUUCUAAGCCCAUUAUACUCACAGAAGCACAGAAGCAACUUAUGGUAUGCCGACUACCUCAAGUUCUGCGGUUACACCUUAAGCGGUUCAGAUGGUCAGGACGUAAUCAUCGUGAGAAGAUUGGUGUGCACGUCAGCUUUGAUCAGACGCUCAGCAUGGAGCCCUAUUGCUGCAGAGAAUCUCUCAAGUCCCUUGUUCCGGAUUGCUUUAUCUAUGACCUGUCUGCUGUUGUGAUGCAUCACGGGAAAGGUUUUGGCUCAGGACACUACACUGCCUAUUGCUACAAUUCAGAAGGAGGAUUCUGGGUUCAUUGCAAUGAUUCCAAGCUCAACAUGUGCACUAUGGAAGAAGUAUGCAAGGCCCAGGCCUACAUCUUGUUUUAUACUCAACGAAUUACUCAGGCAAAUGGACACUGUAAAGUUUCAGCUCUUGACUCACCAUCUGGAAAACAGCCAAAUACUGAGGUUAAUUGUUCCAAUGCAGAUAGUAACAGCUAAUCCAAAGCCAAUGUGUACAGUACAAGUCUUGAGAGUUGUCACUUGUACAUGUGUUGAGAUGAGUAAGUGCAGUAUUGUACAAUGUAUCUUCAUACCCUUUUGUACUAGCUGAAAACCUGUUUUGAGAAUUUUUAUUUAGUAUAAAUACUUUUUAUUGAUGGUAGUUAACUUCCAAAAUUACUAGGAUAUCUGUAUAGCUAUUUUUUUAAAAGAAAAUUGCCAUUUGAAUCGUUAAAUCUUACCUCAAGCUGUUUUUCAGCAUUUUUAUAUUUUGAUAUUUUGCUGUAGAAAACAUAGAUAAGGAAUUUUUGGUGAACAAUUCGUGUAAUUUUGGAAUUUUUUUUAUAAAAAACGUGCAUUUUAUACCAUGUUUCCUGAAGUACCAGUCAUUGUAGGCACAUGUCUUGCUUCCACAGAAUUAAAAAAAAUAAGAUGGUAUCAAAUGUAGAACUUUGCUUUCCCCUCUGAACUGAAAAGUCCUGGAGAGAGCAAAAUACAACUCUGUUUCCUACCUCCAUUUGGUAAACCAUACUCUAUUAUCUACUCGGUCACUAAGUCCUGGGGAGAAGCAACAAGAUAUUUAUUCGGUGUAUGCAACUGCUCAGUGCUAGGGGCAGAAUAACUGGCAAAUUAUUACCCCUCUGAGUCAACUAUCAAUAAAGCACCCCAAAUCUGAUAGUUCCCUCACAAAAUCUUGUGUUGCUCUAUUUGUCUUUUAUCUGUUUUUUUAGGACCAUAGGCUGUGUAAGAAGUGAAGCUGAGUAAGUGAAACUUGGGAGUACUGUGGGCUGUGAUUUGUUUUGUAUAAGCAAAGCAAAAGGGUUUUAUUUUAUUGGUAAGAGCUUAAUUUUUUUAACUGCCUGCUGCUCUGCUUGGGGGAAAAAAUCCUCCUGAAUUCUUCAGCACUUCCGAACCAGCAUGAGGGAUAGCCUUACAUUGUGAUGCCUGUUGGAGGACAUCUGCCUCCAACAAAGAAAGUGCUGAGAAAGCGAACUGGUUAAUGUGAAGCUCCUAUUUUUUUUUAAAAAAAAUGCUCAGAUAGCUGAGUGGUUUCUUUGAGCAAGAGACACAAACCCUUCCUCUCCUGCCCUCUGGAAAUAGAUUUGAGUUUGGGGUGACUUGCCCUAGUGUGAAUUAUGGAGGGAAGGUAUUGCUUAUACAAAAAGCUCCUUCGUCUUCUAUCCUUCCAACUCUGAAGGACACAGAGAACUGUAUAAAGUUUCCCCGUAGAGAGGGAAUGCAAGCACUCCACCACCCCAAGAGAAAGGGCUGGGAGGUGGGAACUGAAUACAGUGAAGUUGUCUGUGCAGACGUUCUCAAAUGCCACAGAAAAAUGCAUGUCUCACGCUCACAUAAAAAUAAGUAUUAAGUCCCUAAUUCACUUUCUUCUCAAAGUUAUCUGGGGUGACAGAAAAAAUAGUUUUGUAUACUCUAGUUUAACAGGCACUCUCUCUGCAUGAAGAACCCAAAUAAUGAUGGUUAGAGCCCUUUUUUCAGGACCUCUUAACACAGCAGGUCCCCUGAUUAUUUGCACACAAGGCAGAAACUUGAGCAUGGACACUUGUCUUAAUUACUGUAAUCUUACUAGUCCUAGAACUCCACCUUGAACUGAGAGCCACCCAACAUAAGUGAGAUACCUAGAUAAAAACUACAUAUUUUAUUAAACACAAAACUCAUUGCCUAUGAAUAUUUGAUGUUAAAUAGCAAAAUGUCUUCAUUUGCAGCCUGUUUUCUACUGCUCAGGCUAGAAGGGUACUAUAUUUUCUGUUCCUUUGUUGGCCAUCAGUACAGCAAACAGUUAACCUCCCUACUACAAGAAAACCAUACCAUCUUAAAAGAACCCAAUAUCCCAACUUAAAAAAACACCACGAAAGAGAAUUAAGCAGGGGUUGCUCUGGAUGGCCCUUGUGGUCUCUUCCAACUCUAUGAUUCUAUGAACUAGUUAAGUUCUAAGAGCUUGAACCAGUUUGUCAAAAGUCUUCCUCUGAGCACGUGAGGUGCCUAUUGUGUCAUUGUGGGUGCAGGUGUCUGAAACCUGAUUAUUGGGCAUGCUGGCUGGGGUUGAUGGGAGUUGGACCCCAACAAAGGUUACCCACCCCACAGUUACAGGACAAAACCCACCUGUAACCCCACAGUUAUAGGACAAGACCAAUCUGUAAAUGAAACAUAUUUGUGCAAAGGAAGCAGGAGGGGCAAAGAGAACAUAUGUAGAGAAAGAAGCAGAGACCAAGAACUAAAGGAAAAAACAGGGAAGGUCCCAACAAAAGCAGAGGAAAAAGGGGUAAAGAUGAGCAAGAAAAAAGGCAAUUCUAAGCUAUUUCAGACGAACAUGAGUUUGACCAAACUGCGGGAGGCAGUGCAAGACAGGAGUGCCUGGCGUGCUAUGGUCCAUGGGGUCACGAAGAGUCGGACACGACUAAACGACUAAACAACAACAACAAGCUAUUUCAGAUUUAAAAAGAAUCACUUACAUUUUGAAUGGCCUACUGUGGCAAGUCUGAUCUAGCUCUAUCUUGGCCUGUACCCUGAGAGAUAGUUCAGUUAAGAGGGUUUUAUUGUUCCUGCUGCAGUUUCAGUGCCUUUAAAAAGCUACAUAAACAGAAAUCCAGCAAAGUGAAGCUUCUCCUCCUCUGCAAGUGGCUUGGGGGAAAAAGGACUUCCCUACCCUAUUCAGUUUAGAAAAUGUAUCUUUUUAAAACAGCCCAUCAGAAAAGUAGCUAUUUGUUUUUCAUUUAAACUUCCACAGUCGAUACCUAAGCAAAACACCAUUCUUUAAAGAACAAAAGCACUCAAGUAACUCCAUGCCAAAAAUUAUACAUACUAAAUAUUUAUACUUCUGUAGUAUAAUUGAUUCUGCAAUGCAGGGACCUCUCUGCUUCUCAAAAGGCAUUUUAAAAGUAUUGAUAAGGAGUUUGUCUGUGCCUAUGCGGCACAGAAUCUGAAGCCUUCCAGAUAGGCAAUGAAACAUGUCAGUCCAGAGAAGCUCAGGACACAUCUUCCAAUGAGCACGGGCACCAAUUUUCUGCUCAGCUCCUUUGACUCCUACAAAAUUAGCAUUGUUCAAAACUUUAUUCUCAUUACUGACAACUAGAUGGUUUUCUUCCCUUUUGGCUUUUUGCUUUUCCUACAAGCUGCUUUGCUGCUUCAGUUUUCUUCAAGAAGCUUGCAGCCUAUAGGGGGUUGAUGGGCUGGAUCUAAUAUAUGGUUAUAGCCUUACAUUUGCCCUUCUAUUCUCCCUCAAUGUACAGUACGUUAGCUUUUCCCAACAUAAAGCUCAAUCCAUUAGAUGUUCCUUUAUACUCAUCUAGUGACUACUGCAUAGAGGCUACCUAAAAAUAAAAUGAAACAACCCUUAGGUAGCUUUCUGGAUAAAAUGAAUGAUUUUCUAAAACCACCUUUCGUUUAUGCAAUAAUUUAAUAAAAACUAAGUAAUCUCAUGGACAAGGUAAAUAGUACUUGAUGGCAGUGGGGUCCAACUCAAUUGCAAUUGGGCAAUGCUAGGUCAUAAAAUAAACAGCACUGCAAACAGGACAAAUCCCAGAGUCAAUCUAACAACAGUUUAUACAGAUAAUACCUUAUUGAGCAUGAACUGUGUUUUCUAUACCUUAACUCCAAAGCACAUC